GUUAUAACUGAUAAUGCAAGUAAUAUGAAAAAAGCUUGGAAAUUAUUACAAGCUGAUGACAAAUUCAAAAGUUUACCUAUAGCUUAUUAUUCAUGUGUAUCGCAUACCUUGAACUUGUUAAUGUUAGAUGUUGUGAAAGUGAAAACAUGUUUUGAAAUUGAAAACAUAUCCAAAGCUAUUAUUAAAAAUAUUAUUAGCACUCACAUUUUGAAAGGUUUGCAACAUUGAGAAUUAUAAACUUUACAUUAUGUACUUAUUCAAGUUACAAUGAUGAUUUUUAUAGCUAAUUUUACACGUAUUCAAAAAGCAAAAAACAUCAAAUGUUCCCUCAAACUUCCAGUAAAAACCAGAUGGGGCUCAUUCAUAAAUUGUUUAGAAAGUCUUAUAAAAAAUAAAAGCACAUUACAGAAUUUGGCUGUUUCUGAUGAUAUAAAUGUAAGUAAAUUGAAAAAAUAUUUAAAUUUAUUAUAAACAUCCAUAUGGUCUAUAUUUAUUUUUGUUAAGAUAAUAGAAAAGUUAGAUAAAACAGUGAAACGCAAGAUAUUAUCAGACCAAUAUUGGAGCUAUGUUGAGAAUUUUAUCACUCUUGUUCGUCCAAUAGUUAAUAUUGGAUUACAAUUCUUGAGAGUGAUACGCCAAGACUUUCUGUAGUACCAGAAGCUUUGAAUGAAAUCAAACAACAUUUUAUAACAUAUAUUCCAAUUUCCCCAUUACUUGAAGUGGAAGGAACAAUGUUGCUAAAAAAGAUUGAUGAACGUUAUAACAUGGCCAUACAUCCAAUCCAUUUUGCAGCAAAUUUGGUUGACCCAAACUACCAAGGAAAAAAUUUAAAAGAUGGCUGUGAUGUUGAAGGUAUAUUAUUCUUAAAAAAAGUGGCAAAAGUUCUACUCAAAGACAAUGAGUAUGAUAAAAUAAUGAUUGAAGUUGCAGAAUUCCGUGCACAUGAAGGUUUUUGGGCAAAAGAUGUUGUAUGGUGCAACCGUAGUGAAAUGGAUGCAAGGACAUGGUGGAACGGAAUCUGCUCUAAUACAAAACUCUCUACAGUUGCCUCAGCUAUACUUUCCUUACCGGCAUCUUCAGCUGCUACUGAAAGGUCCUUUAGUGUUUAUUCCCACAUUCACAAUAAAAAAAAGGAAUCGAUUAACCAACACUAAUGCCUCAAAACUACUUUUUAUUCAAGCUAAUAUGAAUAAUAUUGAUUUCUUAAGUCCAGAAGCCACUCCAGAUAAAAGUAAUAAUAAAAUACUAUCAACUUCUACCAGUUCUAUCAAUUUAGUAUCAAAUAACUAUGUUCAGUCAGUAAGUAAGGUAGCAACAGAUAGAGAUCUGGAAAAUGUUGAUGAGAUAGUAAAUGAAGAUGAUAGUGAAGAGGAAGACACAGAAGAAGAAAAUUAUGAUACAGAAGAUCUAGUUGAAUCUGAUAACUUAUCAGAUGAACAUAAUGUUUUAAGCGAUGAUGAAUUUUAUGAAUCACACUUUAAAUAGAUUAAUAAAUCUAACUUUUAUUUUAUUUAGGUAUCUCAGUAUCUGUUAAAA